AUGAGCGUAGUCGGUAUCGACUUGGGUACCCUCAACACCGUGAUCGCGGUUGCGAGAAAUCGCGGUGUUGAUGUUAUCACCAAUGAGGUUUCCAACCGAGCCACACCUUCCCUCGUAGGAUUUGGUCCCAAGUCCCGCUACUUGGGUGAGCCGGCCAAGACUCAAGAAAUCUCCAACCUCAAGAACACCGUCAGCUCCCUCAAGCGCUUAGUAGGCCGGAGUUUGAAGGACCCCGAUGUCCAGGUCGAGCAGCAAUAUGUCUCGGCUGCCCUCGUCGACGUCAACGGCCAGGUCGGCGCUGAGGUCUCCUACCUCGGCGAGAAGCGACAGUUCACCGCCACUGAACUGACGGCCAUGUACCUCAGCAAGAUCAAGCAGACCGCCGCCAACGAGCUGAGACUUCCCGUACAAGACAUGGUUCUGAGCGUGCCCGCCUGGUUCACCGACAUCCAGCGCCGCGCCCUGAUCGAUGCCGCCGAGAUCGCAGGUCUGAGGACCCUGCGCCUCAUCAACGACACAACCGCCGCCGCUCUUGGCUACGGUAUUACCAAGCUCGACCUGCCCGGCCCCGAGGAGAAGCCCCGUCGUGUUUGCUUCAUCGAUAUCGGUCACAGCAACUACACUGCCUCCAUCGUUGAGUUCAAGAAGGGUGAGCUUGCUGUCAAGGCCACCGCUUGCGACAGACACUUUGGUGGUCGUGACUUCAACCUGGCCCUGGUCAACCACUUCCACAAGGAGUUCAAGGGCAAAUACAAGAUUGACAUCACCACCAACCCCAAGGCCAUGGUCCGUGUCGAUGCCGCUGCCGAGAAGCUGAAGAAGAUCCUGUCUGCCAACCAGCAGGCCCCCAUGAACAUCGAGUCCCUCAUGAAUGAUAUCGAUGUCACCGCCAUGAUCACACGUCAGGAGUUCGAGGCUCUCGUAGAGCCCGUCCUGAACAAGGCCACCGCUCCCAUCGAGAAGGCCCUUGCCGAGGCCAAGCUGACCAAGGACGACAUCGACUUCAUUGAGCUUGUCGGUGGCUCCACCCGCGUUCCCGCCCUGAAGGAGAGAAUCCAGGCCUUCUUCGGAAAGACCCUCUCUUUCACCCUGAACCAGGACGAGGCCAUCGCAAGAGGUUGCGCCUUCAGCUGCGCUAUCCUCUCGCCUGUCUUCAAGGUCCGUGACUUCGCGGUCCAGGACAUCUGCAGCUACCCCAUCGAAUUCUCUUGGGAGAAGGACGCCGACAUCCCUGAUGAGGACACCAGCCUUACCGUCUUCAACAAGGGUAACGUGCUGCCUUCCACCAAGAUCCUGACCUUCUACCGAAAGCAGGCCUUCGACUUGGAAGCCAGAUACGCCAAGCCCGAAGAGCUGCCCGGCAAGGUCCCUGCCUUUAUCGGACGCUUCUCCGUCAAGGGCGUCAAGGCCGACCCUAAGACCGAGUUCAUGAUCUGCAAGCUGAAGGCACGUGUCAACAUUCACGGUGUCUUGAAUGUGGAGAGUGGUUACUAUGUAGAGGACCAGGAGGUCGAGGAGGAGGUUAAGGACGAGGCAAAGGAGGGCGAUGACGCCAUGGAUACCGACGACAAGAAGGACGACAAGCCCAAGACACGCAAGGUGAAGAAGCAAGUCCGCAAGGGUGACUUGCCCAUCGUUGCUGGCACGACCUCCCUUGACGAGCCCGCAAAGAACGCAGCCACCGAGAAGGAGUCUGCCAUGGUUAUGGAGGACAAGCUCGUGGCCGAUACCGAGGAGAAGAAGAACGAGCUCGAGACUUACAUCUACGACAUGCGCAACAAGCUCGAUGACCAGCUGGCCGACUUUGCCAGCGAAGAGGAGAAGGACAAGCUCCGAUCCAAGUUGACUGACAGCGAGGAUUGGUUGUACGAGGACGGCGAGGAUGCCACCAAGGCUAUCUACAUCGCCAAGAUGGACGAGAUCCGCGCCAUGGCUGGCCCCAUCACCCAGCGGUAUUUCGAGAAGGUAGAGGCUGAGCGUGCUGCGGUACAAGCAAAGCUUGAUGCCGAAGCUGCCGCCAAGCGUGCUGAGGCGGAAUCGAAGAAGGCUGCAGAGGAGCAAGCGAAGAAGGAAGAGCCUGCUAAGGACGAGGUUAUGACUGACGCACAGCCCGAGACGGAGGAGGCCAAAGAGUAG